AUGGGUGUUUGUUUAUUUAUUUUCAUCUGUCUGUCUCUCUCAGGUAAGAGCUGCUUCUCCACCCUGUUUAAGUUUGAAGAGAUGCAGGAGAUCGUGAAGAACUUCACUGUGGUUCACGUGAACGCCCCGGGACAAGAGGACGGCACGGCCAUUUAUCCUGCCGGAUACCAGUAUGCAUCUAUGGAUCAGGUCUCUGAGAUGCUCCCCGCUGUCCUGCAGUACUUUAAUUUCCGCACAAUUAUCGGUGUUGGAGUCGGAGCCGGCGCUUACAUACUGUCCAAGUUCACUUUGACUAACCCUGACGCCGUGGAAGGGCUCGUUCUGAUCAACAUCGACACAAACGCACGAGGUGUGUGUGUGUGUGUUUGUUUUCAGGAAGAGAUGUCGGCAAACACAGAGCUCAUUCAAACUCACAGAGAGAGAAUCUCUAAAGCGCCAAACCUCAUCAACAUCGAGCUCUUCUGGAAAAGCUACCAGGGUCGCAGAGAUCUGAACGUCGAGAGGAAUAACACGUUCAAAUGUCCUGUGAUGCUGGUGGUCGGUGAUCAGGCUCCGUACGAGGAAGCUGCUGUGGAGUGCAACAGCAAACUAGAUCCAACUACGACCUCAUUUCUCAAGAUGGCGGAUGCCGGCGGGAUGCCACAGCUUACUCAGCCCAGCAAACUGACAGAAGCGUUUAAAUACUUCAUUCAAGGCAUGGGAUACAUGGCGUCGUCCUGCAUGACGCGUCUCUCGCGCUCGCGCACCACCUCGCUCUCGUCCUCCUACUCCAUGGAGGGCUCGCGCUCCCGAUCCCGCACGCUGUCCCAGGGCUCGCAGGGCGGACAGCUCCCGCCGAGCCCGUCCCAUACCAUGGAGGUAUCGUGCUGAGAAGCACCAGAGCGGGGGAGAGAGAUGGACGGAUGAAACGCUUCAGUCUUCUGGGUGGCGGAACGUGAGUUUCGUGCGUGACGACGGACGGAUGAUGACGACUCUCUCCCUGCCUUCACCGACCCGUCAGGCAGAUGAUAGAGCCCUUUAACUCUGUGACAUGGGCGGGGCCUUUAGUGAGACCCAAAUGUAGUGUUAACCAAUAGUAAUACUUCUAAUAUGAAUAUUGAUUAUUAAUAAAAAUAACGACGAGCGUCACUGACAAAAUAAACAACGAUGUUUCUCCUAAUUACAUGUUGAAUUUCUAAACAAAAGUAUAGAGAAAAGAGUAUAUAAGCUCAUAAUGUGUGUCUAUCAACUUCUUUGUCAUUAUUAUUUUUUGGUGUGCUUUUUUCGUUUUUGUAUUCUGUAUUAUUUUUUUCUGUUAUAUAAUCCUGCUGCUGUGAGCGGGGUGCAGUAUUGUCGGAGAUGGUGGUGAAAGUUUUCGGCCGAAAUACUCGUCUCUGUAGAUGACAGCCACCUCAUGUCUUCCAUUUGCCCUUAACAAAAAAGCUAUACACAUAAAAGCAAGAAAG